CUAUUGCGUAGUGCUCUUUGCUGUUGCCGAGCCGCUGGUUGCAGGAUCCACUCUUCAGUGUAGCGUACGUACGCAAACCUGAGGUCAAGUCAAAGCUAGGAGACAACGGUAUAUGUGUUGCAUUGCAGUUAUAAGCUAUAGCCUACAUGGUGGUGAUUAUUCCUGAAAAGCUGCCUUGCAGUUUGCGCAGUUCCUUCGUAAUAUGUCUGGACGACCCUCUACCGUCAGUUCAAGAUGAAUUCGUCAUAGUUUUCAAGGGCCUUGAGUCAAAACGCAAAAGCCACGGUUCUGCCAAGCAAGUUGACACUAAAACUCUGAUUGCAACUACAGGAGAACAUGAUGUGGCUGAAGAUGUGAAAGUUAGUGUGGCUGGAACCAAGGCUGCUAGGAUUAAGCAAUUUCGCAUGACCUUUCUCACUCCUUUCCAAAUGAUUUGUCGUUUGCUGCCUGAUGUUGGUGCUAUUCACGGAGCAGCUGCUCUGGCACGUUGUUUGUUAUUGCCUUGUGACAAUACCACAACAUCAGUGUUGGAUGAUGAGUUAAAUGCACUCUGUGAAAGAACAACUGUGCCAGACAGCCUUAACUUUAAAUCAAUAUUUGGAGGUAGCUGCAAUGAUACAAUGUUACAUUUUGCUGCCGAGAAUGGUUUGCAGAAGUUUGCAGCUCAUCUGUUAGGCAAGAGUUCUGGGGCAUGUGCUGCAGUACAGGCAUUAAAUGAUGAAUCAUUAACACCCAAGGAUAUUGCCAAACAACUAAAAAAUGGUGAAGAAAUUUGCCAAGUGUUUCAGGAGUUUGAGGAAAACGCUCCAGUUGAUAAUGUUCCUCUUAUACAAACAGCCAAAAAACAGACAAUGAGAAGGAACAAGAUAAUUGAAGCUGUGUUUACACCGUCACUUCAGCUAUGAGCCUUCAAAGUUCUGAACAUCACAUACGAUAGGAGUAAUUGUAG